AUCAGUAUUGGACCCAAGAAUACCAACUACUAAACACACUUUGCAACAAUGUAUUCAAAGAGGCAACAGCUGAAAUCUCUUUUGAUGAAAUUAACAAUAUCCUAGCUUUCCUCCUCAAGAAAAAAUCACUAGGACUCACAUUUAUCCCCUACAAAGCUUGGAUUAACUUGAGCUCAACAGCAAGAAAUAUUCUCAAAACUUUCUUUAACUCAGUUUUAAAUUCUAGCACCUCUCCCUCACAUUGGAACACUCAGUG